AUGUAUCCGUCACUAACACUCGGGCGUAUGGCAUUCCGUCAGCAACGCCAUCCCGCAUUCGAAACCGCAUCACAACACCGUCAUGAAGUCCUGUUAAAGUGCGCACUAGCAGUUGCCAAAAGAACCCGCCUCGGGCCUUCUGGACUUCCUCCGCUACCGCCAUUCAACGAGCCUCGGGCACCACUUGUGGGCGGCAUCCGCACCAUUGGUUGCAGACAGCCGCAAAAGAAAACCCACUUGCAGACCUCAAGUAGGUACCAGAGGGACGCGUUUGACAAUGUCCCACGGCGUCGUACUACAUCUUCCGAGACCCGCCGUGGCCGACCAUCAUGUGUCCCCCCGCCGUCGGACGUGUUCGGUGAAGCUGGUGGGCGCCGGACAGGCUCCGAAUAG